GAUCUGUAUGACUUGCAACUUUCACGAGUGAGGGGCCAACGCAGUUGGGCCCCCCUAAUUAGUUUUCGAUUCGCCUUCAUCGAGGAAUUGUCGUAUUGCUGUUAAAUUUAAUUGACGUUUCGUGUCAAACAUUGUUUGUUUUAAACAUUUGUGAUAGAAGAGAAAACAAGUGUGGUUUUUUGGCGCCAGUCGGCUAGUUUACGCCAUUGGAAAACAAAGUCAACGAAAUCCUGUACUUUCCAACAUGGCGACUCGCGCACCAAAGGAAAAGAGGCGGAAUUCGGAAAAGCGCAAGGAGAAAUCCCGGGAAGCUGCACGUUGCCGCCGAAGCAAGGAAUCGGAAAUCUUUACCGAUAUGGCCAAUUUACUUCCUGUGCCGGCCAGUCUCAGCUCUCAAUUGGAUAAGGCAUCUAUCAUGAGGCUGACCAUAGCUUUUCUGAAAGCACAGUCUCUCCUUGGCAACAGUGUCCAAGAACUGUGCAGUAUGUGGAAUGAAGAAAAAUGUUCGAUGGCCGACGCUUGUUGGCCUCAAGCUCUUGGCGGUUUGUUAUUGGCUCUAUCAUCUGAAGGAGAUAUCAUCUACCUGACUGAAAACGUAACCCAGCAACUGGGUCUCCCACAGAUGGACCUGAUUGGGCAAAGCAUUUACGACUAUUGCCACCCGUGCGAUCACGAUGAACUCCGUGAAGUGCUUUCCCUUCGUCCUGAUGGUGAUUUAACGCGCUCUUUUUUUCUCCGCCUCAAGUCAACAAUAACGACCAAAGGACGGAGUAAUAAUAACCUGAAAGCCGCCUCUUACAAAGUUAUGAAUUGUUCGGGGCGCAUUGUAUUGGCGACUGCGAGCGCCCGUAAUACUUAUUCGCAAGAGCGAGCUUUCGAUGAAGAAGACGAUUUACUAACUGAGGACGAUUUGGAACUGGAGGCCAAGGCUCCGACUAGCCACUUUCUCGUCAUGGUCGGCGAUCCCAUACCGCAUCCAUCCAACAUUGAAAUGCCGUUGGACAGCUACACUUUCCUUACUAAGCACACCUUGGAUAUGAAGUACACCUAUGUCGAUGAAAAGAUUUACGAGUUUUUGGGAUACACGUCAGAGGAUUUGGAAGGUCAGUCGGCGUAUCAGCUACACCAUGCGCAAGACAACGAAUCUAUACUCAAGAGCUACAAAACGAUGUUUACCAAAGGGCAAAUCCAAACCCCUCCUUAUAGAUUCUUGGCAAGGCAUGGAGGUUAUGCUUGGGUCCAGACCCAAGCCACGCUCGUGUAUGGCAACCGAGAUUCGAGGCCACAAGCCGUUGUAUGUGUCCAUACUUGUCUUAGCGAAAUUGAGGAUGGAGAUCAAAUCCUAUUCGCUAGCCAAGCUGAAUCGUCACCUAUUAGUCUUGCCCACCGACCGCUGGCUGCUGCUCCUGGACCGUCAAGGAAGCCGCCCACUGAUUGGGUGCCACAGAAUAUGACUUCUAAGCUAUUUGUACCUAAGACUGCUGAAAUGAACGAAGGAUUCUUGAUCUUCGACAAGCAAAAUCGCGCGACUGUCCUGAAAGAGGAGCCAGAGGACUUGACGCACUUAGCCCCGGUCGCUGGGGACACGUGCAUCCCAUUGGACAUGCCGUCCAUCAGUUUCCCAGGCGACAUUUUCGAUGUUGAGCAACUGACGCCCGAGUUUUUCGAUUGUCUGCCUCUAACCGGUUUUGAUAUCCCCUUGCUGAUGGAAUCUGAGCAAUGGAUCGCUAGCGAUGGCAGUGGUGCAAUGGAGUCGGUCGAUUUUACCGUCCCUCCCGUUAUCAAGCAAGAAGAUCCAUUUAUUUUUUUCAAUAGCGAAACUCCUCUGCCGAGUAGCUCGUCUAAUAUGUCGUCGCCCAUGGCAUCCAGCUCACAGGGCAAUGAAGAUUAUGAAAUAGAUUAUCGUAUCGAUGUUGCCAGUCCAUCAUUCAUGGACGAAACUUUUAUGGCAUGCUCAUCAUUGAAGAGCUCGAAAUCUCCUUUGGAAGAUGAAGAUGAAUUGGAUCGAAGAGCUCCUUACAUAUCGAUGAACGAAAGCGACGAUUUGCCGCUAUUUGAUCCAUCUGAGCUUUUUAGUGGUUUGGAUUUGGAAUGCUUGCCAAUGCUACCUAUGCAGAAAACUGGUUCGACAUUCACCGAAACGGAUCAAUGUGUUCUCGUCAAGCUGUUACAACAAAGUGAUCUGCCAAAACUAGUUGGAGGACCGCCAAAAUUAAUGGAAUGCCGUCCGCCAGUUGUAAAGGAAAGUAGUCCUCUAGAGACAGUGGCUGCGUCCUUUUUGGCUUCACAACAAGCACUCAAGCGCUGUAGUCUGGGCCCGGCUGAUGAUUCGAAUCCCAAGCGAUUGAAAGCGCCGACAUUGAAAAUUCCUACAGCUGGGCCGUUGGCAACCCGCGUGGUACCAUUGAAGCCAUCGAGAGGCGCCACAUCCAGUUUAAUGGAAUUGCUCAUUGAGAGGCCCACGGAGCGGAGCAAUCAAUCAUCCAGCGUUCUUCAAAACUUACUGGUCAGUGGUCAUGACUUGCGCACGGGUCACGAUCUGCAGAAGAGACGCUCUUCUUCCUCCUCAUGCAAAGCUGUCUCUUCGACUUCUUCUUGCUUUGUUUCUCUUCUUCCUCCUCCUCAGCUUUCUUUGGAAAAGGUUCAGCAACCACUUCUAAAGAAGCAACUGCUGAUGGAGCAGCAGGACCAGUUUUACGGUGAUCGGUUCGACUCGUCUAGUGACGCGGGAAGCGAUACAGACACGAAAGUUCGUCAUCCGGGAGCGUUCAGUUCGUUGAAUAAUUUCCCCUUUAAUAUGGAGGCGUCCCCCUGCUCUUCCGUAUCGCUCGAUAUUGACGCAGGCGAUUUCUUUGACACGCUUAACAUGUCCGGUGAAUUUGUGGCCACGGACGGUGCAACCGAGUGAUUUAACAACUUCCCAAUCUUAAACAACAACAACAACAAAAAAAGAACAGCGUUCGAGAUAGGGAGACUUUGAUUUCUUUUUAUUUGGUCGCUAGCAACCUGCUCAAUCAAGUGGGGGAAAAAAUAUUUUCAGGCAAAAAAAAAAAUAAAAUAAAAAUUAUAUUCAUUUUAAAGGGUUGUUUGUGCGCGUCGAGCAAAAACGGUAGUCGGAGACAGGAAACCGUCUUGCAAUAUAUAGCUGGAAAUUCUCUGUAGGUCUAAAUGCCGUCUAUUUGUUUCCCUUCGUUAAUUCUUUCUUUUUAAUUUUUUUUCCCCCUCAAGUAGUUCUGAAAAGAAAACUCUUGCCGAUGUGAAGGUUAACAUCCCAAGCAUUUAUUUGUCUAAUAAUAAUUUUUCCCCUCUUUGUUUUCUUUUUACAGUUAUCUUAAUUAAUCAGUGUCUCGUAACAGAAAUCCAAUUCAAAUAGCGCACUUUUGAUUUUUUAUUUACUACAAUUUAAACGUUGAAAAGGAAAAAAACAAAAAAAUUGAAUACCAUCAUAUUGGCUUUUGUCAAUUGCUCGUCUGUCCGACUGUAUUGACGGUAAGCUUAUAUUCCGUUCGUCCCUCUUCUGCUGCCCGUCUUUCUGCGUCUCCCCAAACUGGGACAAUGUUGCCGCAGUUGUCUUUCCGAUUUUGGUUUCUCUCCCUCUUAUUUCUCUUACACUUUUUUUGGGCUUAAUUAAGAUGAACGACAGAUUCAUAUAAUUCCCAUCACCUGCGACAGGUGAAAAACAAAAAUAUAUACGCCUUUAAUCCAUUAGUUGCUUUUCUCCUCUGCUCACCAUACCGACUCGUCUUUCUUUCCAGCCUCUUCGCCUUUCCCUGGUUUUUUUUUUUUUUUUUUCGAGGUUAAAAAAACUUUUUCUUGUUCUUAUUUUUAGCUCCUAACCCAUUCAAUUUAUUGCGUUAGCCUGUAGAUGGGGCUCAUGGUAUUUUUUUUUUUUUUGCAUGUGAACCAGCCGAGUUUAUGUUUAUUAUUUUCACUCGUCUCUUGUCACUUUCCUUCUUCUGUUGCAUUGGCAGAUUCUCACGACCCAUAUUUGGAACAGACCACAUGUAUGUUUGUAAAGUAGGAAAGAAAAAUAUCUAUCGAGAAAAAAAAAGAAAAGAAAAAUAGUGUUCCCCGCUCCCUAAUUUAGUGUUGACACCACGAAAAUGUUGCACUUGUAGAUUUUGAAAACGAAGAAGAAAGAAGCUGUUGUCUGUUAAAGCAAGAAAAAAAAAGAGUAGAGACUUGUUGUGAAAGAGAUAAAUAAAUAUACUCGGUGACUGCAAA